AUGAUUCGCUAUAUUCUCAUAUUUUGUCUCUUUCUUCCUCUCAUUGUCUGUAAGGGCAGCGUCCAUGUGUCUACCAGUCGGGGUCAUCGAACCUGUACUGUCACCGCGCACGGUGACGAGCAAAAUGACGUGCCAAACAUCUUGACGGCGUUUAAGAAGUGCAGCAAAAAGUCCACCAUAAUUUUCCCAGAGGGCGAGAAGUAUUGGAUUGGAGAAAAGUUACACGCAAGGCUUGAAGACGUAGACAUCAAGUGGCAUGGAACGUGGCUUAAUCACCGCGCAGGGUUCAUCUUAUCUGGAGAUAAGAUCCGUCUCAAUGGUUACCGUGAGGGUGGCAUAGAUGGCAAUGGGGACGCGUGGUACGACGAAGAUAAAGGAAGCUCGACUGAAGGACGUCCCAUGCCGUUCGUUUUAUGGAACAUCACCAACUCGAAAAUUCAUAAUUUCCAAGUGCAGCAGUCCCAGUUCUGGUCCCUGAACAUUAUGAAUGGAACCAAUCUAGCUUUUGAGAACAUUACUUGUACUGCAUUCUCCAACAAUGCCCCAGCAGGGAAGAAUUGGGUCCAGAACGCUGAUGGAUUCAAUACGAUGGAUGCUCGAUAUGUUUCGUUGAACAACUUUCUGUAUCGUGGUGGAGACGACUGUAUUGCGAUUAAGCCUAGAUCAUACGACAUCAGAAUCAAUAACAUCACUUGCGAUGGUGGCAAUGGUGUGGCCAUUGGAAGCCUAGGACAGUACCUAGAGGAUAGCAGCGUCGAAAAUGUGACAAUCACGAAUGCCGAGGUGAGCUAUUACGAUUCUUCCAUCACACCAUAA